CUGUAGCGUAGGGUAUUAUCAGUAAUCACCCAGCUGAUGGGUGGCAGGGAUGGGGCUGCUGGCGCUGGAGUCCCGCAGCAGUCAUCAGUGAGAGGCAGGGGAAGCCUCCUCCAGCCUGGGCUCCACCAUGGGAGGACAGCUCACCAGAGGCACUGUGUAUGAUUCCAUAGGUGGGACCAUUCCAGGGGCUUCCCAUCGAUGCCACCACAAACAGAAACACUGCACCUCAAUCCAGCAAUGUGGCAGCUUGAUGAUCAGCCCUCUCCUGUUCCACCCCCAUGCCAAAGGCUCGCAGAUCAUCAUGGACGCCACACAGAAAGCCGUGAAGCGGCAGGCGAGUUUCUGCAAUGCCAUCACCUUCAGCAACAGACCGGUGGUCAUUCAUGAGCAAGUCCGCCUUAAGAUCACCAAGAAGCAGUGUUGUUGGAGCGGAGCUCUCAGGCUUGGUUUCACAUUGAAGGACCCUUCGCGGAUUAACCCGGACACUUUGCCCAAGUAUGCUUGCCCCGACCUGGUUUCGCAGAGUGGAUUCUGGGCCAAAGCACUCCCGGAAGAGUUUGCCAACGAAGGCAACAUCAUAGCGUUCUGGGUGGAUAAAAAGGGUAGAGUGUUUUAUCGAGUCAAUGACUCGGGCGCAAUGCUGUUCUUUAGUGGCGUACGGACCACGGAACCUCUUUGGGCUCUGAUUGAUGUUUAUGGACUGACGCGUGGCGUGGAAUUACUGGAUAGCGAAAUCAUUCCCCCUGACUGCGUGCGUCCAAGAUCCUUCACAGCCAUCCCUCGACCGUCCCUACGAAGAGAAACAGAAGAGACGCGCUUGUCGGUCAGCUUGUGUGAUCUGAACCUGCAGGAUGAAAAUUUCCAGUCGAUGACGACCAUGUGUCCCAUCCCGCAGAACUCUCUAAACUCACAGCAUUCCCACUUACUCCCUUCGCAGCUGGAAAGCGACCUCCGCUUCCAUCAGCUCAGAGGUGCCCAUAUCAAGACUUUAGAUGAUCAAACAGUGGCCAGGCUGGAACACGCCAGAGAAGAAAGGACUUUGGUGUUCACUAGCAGACCACUUAGAAUAAACGAGACCAUCUUUGUCAAAAUCAACAAAUCAAAUUCUUCUCGGCCGGGGACCCUGUCCUACGGAGUGACAACCUGUGACCCCAGCACGUUACGACCCAGUGACCUUCCAUAUAAUCCAGAAUCGCUGGUCGACAGAAAGGAGUUUUGGGCUGUGUGUAGGGUGCUGGUCCCGCUUCAGAGCGGAGACAUACUAGGGUUUGUUAUAAAUGCUGAAGGGGAACUACAUCUAAGUCACAACGGUGCCAGCGCUGGGAUGCAGGUGUGUGUGGACUGUUCACAGCCUCUUUGGAUGUUCUUUGGGUUACACGGAGCCAUCAUGCAGAUACGUAUAUUAGGGUCGACCAUAUCACCUGAUCUCCGAGAUCCGUCCACACCAAGCUCCCCCACCUCAGGUCCAAACAGUCCAUCGGCUCUGUGCAGCGGGAGCUCGGAUCCCGUACUGAAUUCAUGCCUGCACGGACCGCUGGGUAAUUCUAUAAACAGUACCGCUCCGAACUCACCUGUGAGCCUGCCGGAGUCACCCAUGUCACCUUCAGUGUCCGGGUCGUGGAGCGACGAAUGCACGAUCUGCUACGAGAACUUGGUGGAUACGGUCAUCUACUCUUGCGGACACAUGUGCUUGUGUUACACGUGCGGCUUGAAGCUGAAGAAGAUGAACAAUGCCUGCUGCCCUAUCUGUAGAAGGGCUAUAAAAGACAUCAUUAAAACCUAUCGUAGCAGUUAAAACCAAGUCUGGGAAAGGAGAGGCUGGUCUCUUAUCUAUGUGGAUACUUUCUAUCAAUCAGUACCUUUUAUGGGAUUUUUGUGACGUCAGGAAGCACCUUUCUCAAAUUAGCAUCCAUGUUUCGGCUCUGAACGUCUAAAAUUCUGGACAACACGAUAUCAGGGAAGCAUAGUCUUGUGAUUAGUUACUGUUCCUUUUUACAUUUUAUGUAAGAUCAAUAUGCAUUACUCACGGAAUUUCUUUAAACGUUUUAUAUUUGACAAGGCUACUUCAUUCUCAGCAUCGCGGGACUUAACCCUUCAAAUACCAGAUACAUCGAAUGGAUUUUUACUCAAAGGUUCAAAUGUAUCGAGGGCAGUUUGGAGCAAAUAGUAAGAAUUUUCAAUGAGUUCGAAACGUGCAAACAAAUGGAAUUUUUAUUCUAAUUGCACCAAUUUUAGCACCGUGUUCCAGGAUUGCUCCAGUUUUUACAUUAAAUAUAAAUGUGGUUCUGGGUAUAAGUAGAAAGUUAGCCAUUUUGGUGCAUAAGGAUCAUUGAAGACGUUUAAAGUCCUACCUAAAGAUUUCUUAUUUUGGUUAUACUGGUGCAGACUAUUUCUAGUGUAUUAUUCAUGAAAUAGAUGUGUUUUAGAUUAACGAAGUAUAGGUUUGUGAACGCA